AAAAAAAUUCCCAGCAAAAUUGAACAUCAUAAUGGGUCAAUGAUUUGAGUGUGAUGCACAAAUAGCUGUGUCAUUUGAUCAUGUGUAUCCACAGCAUUCCAGAAAAGAACAAUCGACAUCUUCUGCAACUUUCUCAGGCACUGAACUCUCAGGACUAAGCUAAACCAGCUCCUAUUCUCUCUCUGGAAAUUGCCAGAUGGCUGACAGCAGUGUAGAGCCCUUGUUAGAUACACUACCUCUAAGUAUCCCUGGUGUUGAUCUCAGGAGAAAAAGAUUCCGGCGGUGUAAAAGUGCCCCGGAAGAAUUAUUAGUUCUUGAAGAAAGGAAUGAAAUAACACCUCCGAAGUUGAUCCAACGAUCUGGUUCGUUUUUGGAUAAACUCCAUCCCAGUUUUAAGAGUGUAAUGCUUUACUUGCUUAUCUACUUGGGUAUAGCUACUUUGUGUUUUUACAUAGUCAAGGACGAGAUCAAGGGAGUGAAAACGGAUGGAGUUCUUGACUCGGUUUACUUUGUUGUUGUGACCAUGACGACGGUUGGGUAUGGGGACCUUGUACCCAACAGUACUCCUGCUAAGCUUCUGGCUUGCGUUUUUGUGUUCUCGGGGAUGGCUCUGGGUUGCCUGGUUCUAAGCAAAGCGGCCGACUACUUGGUGGAGAAGCAAGAGACGCUAUUGAUCAGAGCAUUGCAUAUGCGCCAGAGAGUUGGUGCAACUGAGAUUAUGAAUGAAUUUGAGACGAACAGGGUGAGAUACAAGUGCAUUCUCACAACUGUCUUUCUCGUGGUGCUUGUAGUGGUUGGAACCGUGUUCCUAGCACGUGUUGAGAAGUUGGGUAUGGUUGAUGCGUUUUACUGUGUUUGCUCCACGAUCACGACCCUGGGGUAUGGAGACCGGAGCUUCACAACCAAGGGAGGGCGCGUUUUCGCUAUAUUCUGGAUAUUGCUUGGUACUAUCUGUGUGGCUCAGUUCUUCCUUUGUAUUGCUGAAUAUAACACUGAGAACAGGCAGAAGGAGUUGGUGAAGUGGGUUCUUUCUCGACGAAUGACCAAUGUGGAUUUAGAGGAAGCUGAUCUCGACGAUGAUGGCUCUGUUGGGAUGGCUGAAUUUGUGAUAUAUAAACUGAAGGAGAUGGGGAAGAUCACCCAAGCGGACAUUUCACUUGUUCUGAAAGAGUUCGAAACUCUUGACGUUGAUCAAUCUGGAACAUUAACAUCCUCCGACUUGACGCUUGCCCAGUCAUGAUUGUUGCUUAAUUUGGUGAUUCUAAGGUUGGCUGAAUUUGUGAUACAAACCCACUCUUCCACUUUGGUAAAUUUUUGUUCAUAUUCAAUUAUUAUAUAAACCUCACUGCAUGAUUUUGUAUCUCUGGUGUUAUGCUGUGUAUAUUGUACUGAAAUCUGAUGAACACUAACAUCUGAUCUGUUACC